AUCAGUUUGGUUUUGAUGUGACAAGGGUUUUGUAACACAUGACUUAAUAAACACAGAGACAGCUGAAGUGUCCAGUAAGGAAAAAAUCAGUCAUUCCUCGCUGUUAGACCCAAACACUGUGAUAUUAAAUGCAUUUAUUCCAGGAGUUACUUUGUAGUAAAAUGUUUCAUCCAACCAGUGGUGUCAUGCAUUUCCCAGAAUGCACCUCAGUAACACCCAGGGAACAGCAGCUAACUCAUCAGCUGUUGGUUAUCUGUGCAGCUGGAGGCAGUGCUAGUCUAAAGUCCAGUCUGCUAUACUGUGUGGACUAUACAUCCAAAUACAGUAAACUAUAUUUGUGCAUGGAAGCCAACAGCUAACAUACAUAUCAGGAACAGGUUUGUCCAGUCUAAAUGUGAGCUGAAGCUGUAACUCCUUCUGACAUGUUAUCAUCUCAGAGACACCACCUGUCACUCCUGCUUCUCACUGUCCUGCUGCUCGGUGGCUGGACAGCAGACGGGGCUCAGAAUGGGACAGAGACAGAGACCAUGUCCUCUGUGCGGCUCGCCAGCGUCCCCUCGAGCAGGAACAUUGUGGCGAAGGAAGGAUCCAGCACACUGAUUGAGUGUAACGUGACCGGAAGCCACAAUGACAUUAAGUGGUACAACUCUAAAGGACCUCUGCUGGGUGAGAAGUGGCAGAUUCAGGAGGAGGGCACCCUGAACAUCACUAUGGUCUCCUUCGAGGACCGUGGCAGCUACACCUGCGUCGCCUCCGGUGGCAGCGGUGGGACCAAAAACUACACCGUCACUCUUCGUGUAGCCCACACCGACAGUGGCUUGGGCCUUUACUACGUCAUCGUCUGCUUGGUGGCCUUCACCAUCACCAUGAUCCUCAACGUGGCGCGGCUUUGCAUGGUCAGCAGCCACCUCAAGAAGACCGAGAGAGCCAUCAAUGAGUUCUUCCGCACCGAGGGCGCAGAGAAGCUGCAGAAGGCGUUUGAGGUCGCCAAGCGCAUUCCAAUCGUCACGUCGGCCAAGACGGUGGAGCUCGCCAAGGUCACGCAGUACAAGACCAUGGAGUUUGCUCGUCACAUGGAGGAUCUGGCUCGGAGCGUCCCCCUGCCACCGCUCAUUUUAAACUGCCGCACAUUCGCUGAGGAGGUCGUGGAGACAGGGAAGCCGGGGAAGCCGGGGUCUCAUGCUGCAGAGCAGGCUGGGACAUCAGUGUCUGUGAACAGACCAGCCAUAGGCCCUCCCUCCGCUGACAAAAGUGGAGAGAAGGAGGAGGGGGAGGAGGUGCGUCAGGCUCUGCUGUCAAGUGGUAGGAACGAUGGAGGCGGUGCUGAUGUCAAAGUUUCAGUCCAUACAGUUUCUGAGAAGGUGGAUAGUGAGGAUACAGAGGCUGAGAUGUGCCUCAAUGUGCCGGGCUCAAGGACAAGUGUGUCCUAUGAGAGCAACGUGUAGUCUCAGUCUGACACCCAGCAGAAGAAGCACAUCGUCUGAAGUGUGAGGCAUCUAAUUGCAAGUGCUUUAAAGAGAUUAAAAAACAU